AUGUCGUACGACCAGCUCUCCAGCCUCGAGUCGGGCAGCCGCCGCGGCGGCUACACCGACGACCCGGCCUUUCAGGACCUCCAGUACGAACUCAAGGGCAAGCUGCAGUCGCUGCUGAGCGGCAACCGCAAGCUCGCCAACGACGUCAACGUCCUGGGCACCAAGAAGGACACGCCGCGCCUGCGCGAGCGCGUGCACAGCAGCAUGGAGAAGUCGCGCGAGCUGUGCCGCGAGAUCGGCGAGGGCGUCAAGCGCCUGCAGUCGUGGGACGAGCUAUCUAAGCAGCAAAAGUACGAACAGACAAAGGUCUCGAGCGACUUCCAGGCCGCCCUGCAAGAGUUCCAAGGCCUCCAACGCAAGGCUCUGGAGAAAGAAAAGGCGUCCGUCUCGGCUGCGCGCGCCGCGCACGAUGCAGAGGCGGGUCAUGCCGGUGGUCAGGGCGCGCCGCUUGAGCAGCUGCAGCAGCAGCAGCAGUUGUCGCAGAUGGCCCCGCAGGACGAGGUCGACUUCCAGGAGAGCCUUAUCAUCGAGCGGGAAGAGGAGAUUCGCAACAUCGAGCAAGGCGUCGGCGACUUGAACGUGCUGUUCCGGCAGGUGGCGCAGAUCGUCGACGAGCAAGACGUGGGUAUCCGCACCAUCGCCGACAACGUCGAGAACGUGCAGGACAACACCCGCCAGGCCGACAUCGAGACCCGGCAAGCCGCUCGGUAUCAAAAGGCAGCACGCAACAAGAGCUGCUGCCUGCUCCUCAUCCUCGCCGUCAUUCUCACGAUUGUCAUUUUGGCCAUUGUUCUUGGUUGA